AUGGCUUACACUAGUGCUCAAAAAGCUUUCUGUUCCUCGUCAACUUCUGUCUGUCCAUGGAGGUACGAUGUUUUCCUGAGCUUUAGACGCAAAGAUACCGGUUUCAACUUUACUGAUCACCUUUAUACCACUUUAGUUCACAAAGGCAUUAAAACUUUCAGAGAUGAUACACUUAAGAGAGGAGAAGAGAUUGCUCCAGAAAUCUUGAAAGCUAUCGAGGAAUCAAGGUUUUCUAUAGUCGUAUUCUCAGAAAACUAUGCUAAUUCCGGAUGGUGCUUGAAUGAGCACGUGAAGAUCAUGGAGUGCAGGAAAGAAAUGGAACAACCGGUUGUGCCAAUUUUUUAUCACGGAGAUCCAUCCGACGUCCGAAAGCAGAUGGGAAGUUUCGGAGAAGCAUUUUCCAGGUGGAGGAGAAAGUCCAGUGCUAAUUUGUGGAUUCUGGCUGUGGGAGUGAGGGAGGCAGCACCCUGA